AUGCCACAGGGCAGUCCCUGCAGCUCCCUGGGGUACAUGCUGCUGGCACUCUGCAGCCUGAAGGCUACCCUUGCCUUCCCCAACUCCUCUCCACUGCUGAAUCCCAGCUGGGGGAAUGGAGAUCGCCUGAUGCACCUCUACACAGACACCGAGAGGAACAGUGUCCAUCUCCAGAUCAAUGCUGAUGGCUAUGUGGAUGGUGUUCCUCACCAGACCAUCUACAGUGCCCUAAUGAUCAAGUCUGAGGGAGCUGGCUCAGUAAUAAUCACAGGUGUGAAGAGUGGACGCUACCUGUGUAUGGACACGAAAGGAAACAUAUUUGGCUCGCAUUACUUCAGUCAAGAGGACUGUGUGUUCAACCACAGGACACUGGAAAACGGCUAUGAUGUGUACCAAUCUCCCAAACACAACUUCCUGGUGAGUUUAGGCAGAGUUAAAGAAGCUUUCCUCCCUGGUAUGAACCCACCACCAUACUCCCAGUUUUUAUCCAGGAGAAAUGAGAUCCCUUUGUUUCGAUUCAACACACCUGAGCCCCACAGACAUACCAGAAGUGCAGAUACCGAUCCAACGGAUCCUCACCAAAUCCUGGUCCCACAGAGAAAGGUCUCCACGUUUGGAUCUCCAUUGCAGCAGCAAGCAGAAUUUCCCCACAUGCCCAGAGAACCCAUGAGAAUCAACCAGAACGAUGUGGUGAACCCUGAUGACCCCCAUGCUAUGAUGGAUGCCAGGAGGUACGCGAGCCCUCGCUUCUACAUCACCAGAUAA